AUGACAGUGUUGACCAAGCCAAGUCUUACUAUUAAAAAAAUCCCGUUAAUAGACGACAGCCAUUGCGAUGGGGAAAUCAUUGAGAUGCAGCCGGCAGGACCUCGCAAGCGUCACCAUAGCUUGGGAGCUAUCCUCUGCAUGGGUAUAACGGUGUUUCUCCUCGUUCUUAUGGGAGUCAUCACAGCCCUGCAGAUUUACGAACAAGUUAACUCUGAUGUAAUCCAGCGUAACCGCAUUCAGGGCUUCUGCUCCAUUCCUCUGAACGGGGACAUGGAAAUGAUGGAGUCCCACAGGAUGCCACUUCACUGGAAGACUGCCAAUCUUGGGACCACUAUUCAAGUGGUGAGCGUUACGGAGGACGAUGAUCCGGAUCACUUGCUGGACAUGCUGCGGGAGGUGUUCGACAUCGACAUCGAGCAGUCGGUGGAGAAGAUAUCAGUCUUCAACAACGGCCACCCCGUCAGCUUCCUGCAUGACUUCGAGGCUAAUAUUACUGGUAUCGUGGACUCGGACCGUUGCUUCAUGAUGGACAUGGACCCGGCGGUGGUGGUGUCCCCGAGCGAGCUGGCGGCGGGGCUGGCGGCCGGCGCAGACUUCGACGUCAGCCGCGUGCGCACCCCGCUGCGGGCGAUGUUGCCGCCGCGCCCCGCGCCGCGACACCUCGGACAACUCUGCACCGACAGACCCAUCUACCCACUCACCAGGGAAGUCGCUGUCGUCAUCCGCAAACGGUCAGCUGAUGCCCCUCCUCACGACUACAUGCACUUUGCCGGCAACGGCGUGCAGGAGAUAGAGAUCAGUAACCUCGCCGAGCUGCUGCAGUACGAGCAGGACCACAAGCGCGCCGACUAG